AUGUCAGGACCCAGGCCGGUUGUUCUGAGCGGCCCCUCAGGAGCAGGGAAGAGCACUCUUAUGAAGAUGCUACUGAGGGAUUAUGAUGGAGUCUUCGGCUUCAGCGUGUCACAUACAACACGGGGCCCACGUCCAGGAGAGGUAGAUGGCAAAGAUUACCACUUCUCAAACAGGGAGGCUAUGCAGGAGGAUAUUGAUGAUGGGAAAUACAUUGAGAAUGCUGAGUUUUCCGGCAACCUGUAUGGAACAAGCAAGUCUUCUGUAGAUGACGUCAGGGCCACGGGCCUCAUCUGCAUCUUAGAUGUGGAGAUCCAGGGAGUGAGGAACAUCAAGGAGACUGAUCUGGACCCCAUCUAUGUUUCUAUCCAGCCCCCCUCUAUUGAGAUCCUGGAAAAGCGUCUGAGGGACAGAAAUACUGAGACAGAGGAGAGUCUGCAGAAGCGUCUGGAGGCAGCGCGAGUUGACAUGGAGCUCAGCAACGAGCCAGGAAUGUUUGACGCGCUUAUAGUCAAUGAUGAUUUAGAGGGGGCGUAUGAGAAGUUGCAAAGUGUUCUUAUUGAGGAAAUAACGAAGGUUCAGUCGACCAAAAAAGAAAGAUGCAAUUCUGUUAUGUCAGGACCCAGGCCGGUUGUUCUGAGCGGCCCCUCAGGGGCAGGGAAGAGCACGCUGCUGAAGAAACUGCUGAAGGACUACAAGGGAGUCUUCGGCUUCAGCGUGUCACAUACAACCCGGGAUCCACGUCCAGGAGAGGUAGAUGGCAAAGAUUACCACUUCACAAACAGGGAGGCUAUGCAGGAGGAUAUUGACACGGGAGAAUUCAUUGAGACUGAUGAGUUUUCUGGCAACCUGUAUGGAACAAGUAAGUGUGCUGUACAGGACGUGAGGGCCAAGGGCCUCAUUUGUAUUUUGGAUGUGGAUAUUGCGGGAGUGAGACACAUCAAGGAAACUGACCUGGACCCCAUCUAUGUUUCAAUCCAGCCCCCCUCCAUUGAGGUCCUGGAAGAGCGUCUGAGGGAUAGAGCGACGGAGACGGAGGAAAAGAUCCAGAGCCGCCUGGAGGCAGCACGGAUUGACAUGGAGGAGUGCAACGAGCCUGGAUUGUUUGACAUUGUCAUUGUCAACGAUGACUUGGAUGAGUCCUAUGAGAAGUUGCAAAGUGUUCUUAAGGAGGAAAUACUGAAAGUUCAGGAGGGCAUCAAGUCGUAAGGAGCUACAGUAACAGCGUCCCAGUCUUCCUCUUGCCUGGUACCUUACAGGAGGUACAUAAACCAACAUUUGACCCCAGCUAAUUUCGAUUUAGCCACAAAAGGAAAUGUUCUGAGGGUUGCCAUAUGGUGACUGUGGUGACUUCCACAGAAACGCAUACUACCGUAUGAGACUCAAGAAGAUGGUCUAAAAAUCUUAGGUUGUUUUCCACAUUCAUUCAGUCUGUCAUUUAUGAGGAAUUUUGAGUAAGACAAAGGUACGUGUAGAGUAUACAGUCGAUACAGUUAAAAGUUAACGUCUACUUCAUACCUUACUGCCAACUGGGUUUCAGCCAUGCAGACAAAUAGAAACCACUGCCAAAGCCAAUAGACCUUCAAUAAUUCAGUGUUUUGUGGUUAGAAUCUAAAGGUUUGACAAUAUACUUAACAUGCCCCUGACUUGACAUUUGUGAUGAAUGCCCUUGACUUGUGCGAUGACCAUCCCGCAUACGAUGGACAAACAACCCGAGAAGUAGUAAAACAAAAGUUGUGCAUAAAACGGUGUCUUAGCUGUGAAAUGUCAUAUUAGCGGACUAGCUUUGAGGUAAACACUGCUAUGUCUUCAUCUUAAUCUAAUAUUAUUCUUAUUGGUCAAAUAGUAAAACACCAUUCUGUGUUCUGUAGUCUCAUUUUUCUCUCGGUUUUAAGCAAUGAUAGUGUAGUCUGAAUGAUGUUACACCAAAUGUAAAGAUGUGUAUGGUGGGGUGUUAUACUAAUUUAACAGUAUUUGUGGAUGAAUAUGUAACUGACUGGGUAACGAUCCAAACACCUCAACACACAGCUUUCAUAGGUCAAAGGUCAGACCUGAGGUUGUCAGUUUAACUUGCAGGUCAAUUACUGUAGCCAUCCAUCUGCAGAAAAUAAAAUGUGUGUGUCUUGUAGUGUAUGUUUUUGUAUGCAACGGCGCUAGACAAAUAAAAAGCACUUACCACUUA